AUGGCUGACGCCGAAGAAAUAAGAUUUACAGAUAUCAAAAAGAUGAACAAAGAGGUUUUGAAAAAACAACGAACAUUACAAACACCAAUCCAAAAAGGUAAAACAAAUUUAAGGAUCAAUCCAAAUCAGCUUGAUGGCUACCAAGAAAAACGGAUCAAGGGCCCACAGGCCGUGAAGGCUUGCCAAGGCUGUGAAAUUCAGGGACCGGCAUUUAAGAAAGAAGCCAGGGGAAAGAUCAGGACAAAGGUCACAUUUCACCGUCCCAAGACAUUGAUAGAAGAGAAGAGAAACCCAAAGUAUCCACGGAUCAGUGCGCCUCCAAAAAACAAUUGGGACCAUUAUCAAAUUCUGAAAGUAUCCAUGACUACUGAGUCUGCCAUGAAAAAAGGAAUUGAAGAUAACAAUACUCUUGUGUUUAUCGUUGACAUUCGUGCUGACAAGAAGAAAAUCAAAGAUGCAGUGAAAAGAAGAUGUAUGUACAUCCAGGACCAAGAAAGGCCUGAUGGAACAAAGAAGGCAAUGUUAGGUUGGACUCCAGACUAUGACGCCUUGGGGAUGUGGCAAAACAAUUUGGGCCAUUCCCAUCUAAAUGACAAGUUUUGUAGCUAUAGAUCUUAA